AUGGACAAUAGAUAUCAACAUCAACAACAACAACAACAACAACAAGGAUGUGAUCCAAGUGUUGAUUAUAGAGCACUUUAUUCAAGUUUGAAGAGGAAGUUUAGUGUGAUUGCUGAAGAGAAGGAUGAUACUAUUAUUCAAUUGGAGCAUGCCAAGAAGCAAUUAAAGAAGUUGGCCUCUGAGAAGAGGUUCUUAUUAGAUAGAUUGUUAAAGUUUGAAGAGGUGUCUUCUGACUCUGAUUCAGAGUCCAGGUUCGCGACAAAGCCUCAAGCCCACCCCACAUCACUUCCCCCACUGUUGCCACUCCACUCAUCACACAAUUCCAACAUGUUGUUGAUAUCGCCAAAUGUUGGAAAUAGAGAUAAUAGAGACCGAGAUAGGGAUACAGACAGAGAACAACUACAGCAACAACAACAACAACAUAUAGAUAGAGAUAGAGAGAGACAACAUGUUAAGAGGGAGAGGGCACCAAAUGGAUCAUCGUCCAAGAAGUCGAAUGGUAGACUUGGUGGCCAAAUGCAUAUUCGUCCACCAACAGUGUCACCAACGAAUAAGGGCUUAGCACCAGGUGAGGACAUGUACUCCAUGUUGCCAGACAGAGACAAGUCUGACGCUGAGGAUGUUUCCAUGGCCGCGUUGUCCAGUAGCAGGGGACUGCAACAACAACAACAACAACAUCCCACUCAACAGUCACUGACACAGCCACCACAAACAAUGAUGUUGGAUGAGAUACCACCUGGAUUGGCCGAGGGACACGAGGGCUAUUGUAUGGCCUUUGGCAAGGACCGUCUGUGCAAGGGCAAGGCAUUAGCCAACUGCAAGUACUGUUGGCAUCACGCGCCACUCGACCCCAACUCGGACUUUGUCUGGUGUCAGUACGAGAACAAGAACAAGAAGAACUCAAAGAAGUGCAACAUACCCGUGCAGAAGUGGAAGCUGCAGCCAUUCUGUGGCUACCAUCAGACCAAGGCGCAGCGCAACCUCAACUCAGAGUCUGGCGACGACGACUCUGACAGCGCCAUCACAGACAGCAACAACAAGCAGGCACGUGCGUCAUCGGCCACCGGACCAUCGACAUCGUCGUCCAUCGCCGCCAUCACCCAACCAUCAACAACACCAACACAAUCAUCAAAGAAGAAGGGUCAUCAUAGACGUGAGCCAAGCUCCAGUGCCAGUGCCAGCGCCAAUGCGUCCACACCAAUGGGCUCAUCGCCAGUGUCAUUGAGUCCACCAUCACAGUAUGAUGCUGGUGGCGACACACUCAAGUUCCACAUGUACAAUAUCAAGGUCAACUCAAACAAUCACACUCGCGCCGAAAAGAUCACGCUGCCACCCACACUGCCUAUGCGUCCAACCUACCAUGCAUCACUAUCACCUCCUCCACUGGGCAGUGGUGAUGGAGAGAGUAGUGAUCCAAUUGAUGUAGUUGUAUGA